AUGGCUCCACUCGGGAAGAAAGAACUUUUAUCGUGGGCAGCUGAGACAACUGGGAUUCGUCCAUGCAAUAAGUACGCCGAUCUGCGAGAUGGUGUUGUAUUUUUAGUACUAGCGAGUCGUCUCUUUCCUGCAAGUGUGGAUCUCCGCAGUGUGCAGCGACAUCCACCGGAUGUGGUUCGCAAUUGGGAUACACUACGGCGUGUGUUGGAGCAGCAUGGAUUGCCGGUUCAUUUGUGUGAUCGCCAUGCAAUAGCGGCUGGUCAUGCACGGCAUUGUUUUAACAUGUUGGUGUUGUUUUACUUUCUCACUAAACUCUCACGGGACUCUGAUUUCUGUGUAGACUUUGCAAACCCUAUAGAUACAGCAAUGGCGGCAUUUCUGCAAUCCCCACAAAGUCUACUCUGUUUGGGCAAACAACCAGCAGCGGAAACAACCUCUGAUAUGAGGUCAACAAACACAUCUACGACUGCAGGACCAACCACUUCAAACACCACCGCAACAACAACAACAACAACUAUAAAGAAAAAACCUGCUUUUACUUCAACUUCUACAACUGCUAAUGAAAUAACCACAACAGGAACAGAGGAUGUUUCUCAUGCUAAUACAAGUGCUAGACCAUGUACAGAAUCACAAAGGGAAUCACUACUACAACCACCACCAGGAGCUGUCGCAACAGCAACAUUAUCAACAGGAGUUCAUUCUCAUCCCAUGUCAUCUCGAUCAUCAUCGCGCGUUAGUGGGGAUGAGGGAAAUCCCAUUGGAAAUGAUUCCACAAGAAUACAUAGUCUACGUGCACAAAAUGCACGAUUGCAAGAAGAAUUGGAUCACGUGCGGGUUACAUCACAAGUUAUGUUAGCGCAGCAGCGGGUUCUGGUGGCUAGUGAACUAACUCGCAUGACAGAACAGUUUGAGGCACAGAUGGCAUUAGUACGACUGGAACACGAUCAUGAAUUACGCCAAUGUCUCAUUGAUUUGAGAGAAGAAUAUAAUAACUUUAUUGUAGAUAUGCGUGGAGACACAGUGGCCCCAUCUGGCCUUGUUCACACACUGGAGAGUAAAGUACACACACUGGAACGGGAAUUGGCACAGAGUGUAGAGACUAUACAACAAUUACGCCGCACCAUCACUGCACAACGUGAUCGUCACGAGGCAUUUGCACAGAAGAUUCAAUCCAUUUCUGCCAAUAUUCCUCCUGCUGAACUUGAUGAGAGUACUUUUGUGGAAUCUAUCUUAUCGUUAAUAGAACCUUCUUCCCAACAACAACAACAACAGGGUUUGAUACAGAAACAACAACAAGAGGUACUUUGGGAUACUGUUGCAUUGCGAUUGAAGACAAUGGUAUCUCAGAUUAAGACACUCCAUAGUGAGACAGAGCGAUUAAGAAGUAAUACAAAAAGUCCAUGCAAUAAUUUAAAAGAUGGUCAAGAUACAAAUCGACUCCGUCUACAACUUGAGAGACUUCAACUAACGAACCAGUUUCUGCGUCAACAACGACGUCAACAACAACAAGAACAUCAACGACAUCAACAACAACAACAACAACAACAACAAUAUCAUCAACCACAAGAGCUUCAGAAGGACUGGUAUGCCAUACCACUUGCAAAUGGGAUGGAGGCCCCAUCUUGUAUGAUUGAUUCUGAGACAUGUGACACUAUCUGUGCAAGAGCCUUAUCAGUAGUAAAGGAGUCACAUACUGGAGUUAAUUCUCCUAUUUUUAAAGAAGUUCAACGACUUGUUACCGUUAUUCAAAUUUUACAAUCACGUGUAGAGACUGCCAGUUCUACUUUAAUUGCGUACCGUGAUAAACAACAGAACCUCUAUGAAGAUCUACUAUGGGCACAACAGAAGAGUGAAAAUGAAGCCCGCGAACAUCAGCGCACAAUGGAGGCUAAACUAGACGAACAGCGUCUGCGCAUAGAGGCGAAGGAAGCAGCAGAGAGUACAAAAAUGCGUCUUGUAGAAGAACGCGCUACACGUCGAGAGUCCAUUGCCAAUAUGCUUCACGAACGUCUGCGUGAGAUGAUAUCCUCACUCCAGCAACAACAACAACAAUCGCAUCAAGUCAAUGACGGUGUGGCUCUGCGUGCUGGAAUGCAGAAGGCGAUGCAGCAGUUAGUGGCGGAUGUGGUCAAGUCGCAGCGCACGCAGGACUCUUUUGAGGCGGCAGUUCGUGAUUUAAGUGAAGAGGUGGCGAUGCUGCGCCGACAACUCGGCCAACGUGAGCGGGAGGAACAACGACUGCAGGCCGCACUCACAGCAGCCACAGGGCAGCAGCAGGAAAAAGAAAAAGAAUUGACUCACGCCAAGGCGGAGGUGCACACAUUGCGUGAUGCUGUGAAUAUAGAACUGGAUGCACUGCGUCAUUACAUUGGACGUGUUGGGGAUUUAUUGAUGAUGGAAAAACCACCACAGACGAUAUUACAACCUUCAAACAAUCUAAAGACACCUUUUACGACUAAUUCUAGUCGUAGUGAUGCGGCUGUUCCGCCUCUUUCCUCUUCUUCUUCUUCUACUACUACUACUAUUCCUACUCCUUCUCCCUCUCCUCCUCCUGUUCGGUUUCCAUCAUACGAUAGUACUCGUCCUGAUUCUCUCAAGAGGGAAGAGCAAAGUGAGGAUGUGGCCUCACGGGCAUCAACCGCAACACCAGGAGUUACAACAGCGGCGUUUGUGGGAAGUACACCUUCAUUGUUACUUUCAUCUGAAGAACUAGAAAGACGAAAGAAGGCAAUUUUGAGCAAGUAUGGUUUCAACAACAAUAUUAAUAAUAAUAGAAUAGAGCACUAG